AUGGGAUCAUCUUCUAAUCACAUGGUCAGUCUCUUGAAGAUUGACUCUCCUGCGUCCGGAUGGGUGAAACCCUUGAAAGAUUUGCUCAAUACCAUUGAUGAUGUUGAUUUCAAGAUAGACAAACGAAGUAAAACGGUAUACAUAUAUGGGAAAACUAAUCCAGAGACAAUACUUGAAAAGAUUGCAAAAGCAGGCCAAAAAGCUGAAAUUGUGUGGAGCAAUCACGAACGCAAGAAGCCUCUAGACAAUCAAAGAGGACAUCAGAUGCAACAAUGCAACAGCAAUUACUAUCAACAAUACAAUGGUCUUCCUCCUCCUCCACCACAAAACUGGAAUAUGUACCAACAACCUCUACCGUAUCAAAGUUAUGCUCUUCCACCUCCAUAUCCAUUUCCGCUUAAUCCCCAGCCUCCACUGCCAGUACCUGCUGGUGGUGGCCAGCAGAAGGAGCCUGCGGCUAAGGGUUUCCCUCCUACGCCACCUCCACCUAAGAACUUUACUAUGGGUGAUUUACAUCUAGGAUGUGGGAUCAUGUGA